AUGUCUUUCGGUAGGUUAUUGAAGCAGCAACGGUUGCCUGCUUGGCAGCUAAACCUCACCCCUAGGAUCGUGUGCGUAAUUCUUUGGACAAUCGCUUUCAUUUGCAUCCCACUUGGUAUUUUCGUGGAGUUCUGCAAUAGAAACGCGAAGGAGGCCUCCUUUCGAUACGAUAAUGAGCCAACAAAAUGCACUGAAGAAACCUUUAGCUUAAUUGGGGGGCAAGGCACUGGAAAAAGAACGGUUUGUGAGACACAUUUUGAAUUUGUUCUGGCUGAAACCUUGAGGCAGCCAGUGUAUUUUUAUUACGGCCUGACGAAAAUGUAUCAGAACCACCGGCGAUACACCAACUCGCGAAGCGGUAAGCAACUGAUGGGCGCUGAUGUGCGUAGUGAAACGGACGCAAACCCAUUUGUUAUCCCAGGGGACACAAUGGAUAACACCAACAAGCCAAUAGAGUUUGGAGGUAGAAACCAUACUUAUAAGGAUUUCGUGUAUGUACCGGUAGGCCUCGUCGCAUGGUCCAUGUUUAACGAUACGUUUACGCUCUUUAGGAAGGAAAAGAAUGGUUCCAACCCGGGUGAAGUGCUCAUAUGCAAUGGAACGGAUUUCUCCAGACAUACCAAUAAACCACUUCAUCGAUCUGUCUCACACAAUCACUGCGACAAGAACGGUAUUGCAUGGGAAUCUGAUAUUAAAAAGAAGUUUCUGGAACCGAAGUGGGACGGGUCAGGUCCCGUGUGGACGGCACCGCGCAGUGAGUAUGGUAAACCCUCUAUUGAGUCCAAUGACACGUAUUUUAACAAUGGUUGGUACGCGGGUGAAGAGGGACACAUGAUACCAGUGGUCACAGAUGAGGAUUUCAUGGUUUGGAUGCGCGCUUCUCCCCUCCCAAAUGUCCGUAAACUCUAUCGCAUCAUCCGAACGGACCUUCGUGCCGGCAAAUAUGUCAUGAAAAUUCGCCAAAACUACAACACAAAGCCAUACGGCGGCGAAAAAUCGUUCAUAUUUUUGCAGCCCUCCAUGUUGGGCGGGAAACUCACUUCGCUUUCCAUCACUUACUUUGCUGUUGGUGGUUUGGCGUUAAUAUUCACUGUGCUAGUUUUAUUCGCUAGUCAUGUGUGGGGUCAUCACUCCUUUGCGGUCGUGGAGCGAUUGCUAACAAAAUAA